AUGUCGGCGGAAUCAGUCCAUGGCCUCUGCUUUCCCACCGCCCGCGGCGAGCGCUGGAGUGACAGCGAGCGCUUCUACCUCUUCCCGACUGAGUACACGUCGGAGCUCGUGUCGUCUGCCGCGAACUGGGGCUGGCGUUUUGCCGAGCGGGACGCGGCGCGCAGCCGCCUCGUAGGGCUCGAGUCGUGGCAAAACACGCACCACACCACCUUCCAGGCUCCAGUGAUACGCGAGCUGGCUUCGCACGUGGCGUGCACCAACAAGUCCGCCGAAGCGAGCGUCUGCGUCGUCGCGGCGCCGCCGCGCGGGAGGUGUGAGCGGUGGGAGCAAAUCUGUCCUGGGAAGACACUCGUCGUGGUUGAGCUGGGCAACGUCGACCUCGGCGCCCCGCUCUGCGCGUCGCUCUGGUCGCGCUGCCUCGCGUCGCCACGCCUGCGGCGGGUGGUAUCGCAGCGCCCGCUCCUGCGGUCCAAGCCGUGGCGGGGCCGCUGCAGCUGGGCUGACAACGGGACGAUCGAGAUGCCGUACGUCGGCCACGCGCGCGCAGCCUCGCUCGAGGCGCGCAGGCGGACGCAUCGGGUGGCUGUCGCGAUGAUGGCGGGAGGGCACUGGCUCGGCGACAAGAACAACAUGUCGAGGGACUGGCGCGAGCCGCUCCUGAAGGCGCGCGGCAACGCGCCCGCCGAGUUCCUGUGGGCCGCCGGCGCCGCCUACGCCUCCUCCACCUUUUGCCUCCAGCCGCCCGGCGACACGUUCGGCCGUUCCGCCAUCGUCGACGCGCUGUCCGUCGGCUGCAUCCCUGUCUUUUUCCACCCGCGGCAGCUGGAGCUGCCGCGCUUCUGGAACGCGUCGAGGGUGAGCGAGGGGCCGCACACGACAGCCGCCCUCGACUUCACGCGGGGGGUCGCCCCGAGCUGCGACAGUCCGGUAGCCGCCGGCGCCUUCCGCUCGGACGCGUCCCCCGGCGCCAUCUCGCGUAGGUCGAGGCCGCCUACCGCCACCUCGCCAGCCUCGCGGGGGAGCGAGUAG